CGCGCUCCUGGGGCUCACGGCCUCGUACUUUAUCGUCAACGAGGUUCAAGAGAUGCAUGGCGACCGACGUCAGUACUUUGCGGCCACCAUCAACGUCGUGCAACUCGUCAACUAUGGUCUCAUCCUCGGCCUCUUUGUACCCAUGAAACUACGCUGGAUUCCUGCGGCGGACAUUGUGCAAGUCGGCGUCGGCGCCAUCUUCAAUUUGGUGCUCUGGGUCUUGUCGCUGCAGUUCUUGGAGGUCGUCUCGUCGGCCAGCUACCUCCUUCCGAUGAUGGCGCGCCUUUUUGGCGACAUUUGGAACUUUUUCCUGAUUUUCGGUAUUUUCCAAUGUGGCUUGACGCUCAUCUUUUACCAGCUGUUUGUGCUCACGUCGGACGCCGCGUUCAGUUCGCUUGGUCAAUCGUUCCUCUCGACGUACUUUGUCAUGUUUGGCCAAGUUCCACUCGACGCGCUGCGAGCCUACGACGACGUCAGUGACAGCUACGCAGCCACCAUGUACACGGGGCUGGCGAUUCUCAUGAUGCUGCACUCGGCCAUCGUCGUCGUCAUCCUCCUCAACGUCUUGCUGGCCCUGAUGAACCAGACGGUGACGAGCGGCCUGGAGAAGGCGAGAACGCAAGCGCUUAUCAGCUACGCGCGGUGCAUUUUGCGCUUGGAGAUCACCAUGAACCUGGGUGAGAACGACGUCCGGCACCUCACGCACGAUGUCGACAGCGACGGCAAGCUCGUGCUUCAUCGCAUCUUUACCGAGCGCGUGCGUAAGACAGAGCUGGGCCUCACGACGGACCAAGUCGACGCCUUGCUCGUGACGACCAACGACUGCGUGGCGUGGAUGGAGCAAAUGGACGAUCUCGACAAGGUCGUGAACGAUCAGUUCGACUUUAUCCGGGAUGGAUUGGCGCACGUGGCUCAUUUUACCAAGAUCGAGGUGCUUCCAGUGUUCAGGGACGAAAUCUGUGUUCUCGAAGAGGCCCGCGCCAAGAUGCAGGAGGUUAUUGAUAUGGCGCGCCGUAGCCGCGGUCAGUUUCGGGACGAAGUUCUCUACAAGUUGAGGGAGCGGUCGGCCAAGGUGCUUCGACUGUACACGGCGAAGCUGCGGUCUGUCUGGCGACGCAGCGACGACACAGACGACAUGGACAGCCACGACCAGUGCAUGCUUCUCUUCCAGCUCAACCAGCACGCGACACUCGACGAUCUACUCGCGACGAUGACAAAGACCAUCAUGGCCGCCGUCUCCAAGGAAGUCACAACAACGACCGAAUGCGUCAAGAAUGACAAGACGACCGGCAACGAGCGCGAGACGGGCUGGAAGCCGUGA